GCUUCUAAGAUCAAAGAUGAAGGCCUAGGGGCUGUCCCAGAUUCUUUCUGGGACAGCUGUGUGGACGCCCUAUGGUCCACCCAAGAUGAGGCAGAGCCCAUUGCCCCGCUCAUCCACAAGGAUGCAUCGGCCUCACAGCAGAAGGAAAAACUCAUUGGACCAGAAGUGACUGAGCCGGUGCCUGGAAACUUUUUGUUUGACAAAUUUAGAGGGUUGAGCCGGUCCCCCAAAAUUUUUGGGUACCUUUCUGAUGCUGAUGGAAAGUGCCUGCAAGCAACCUGCUUGCACAUCACAUUUUGGGCUGAAACCCAGCUUCGCUUAGUCUCAUUUGUGGAAUCCGAUUUGGAACAGGCCAUGCAGUAUCGUCUUUGGGGGCCUUACCAUGGUUACCCUCUGUGACGCUGAUCUCAGGG